CCGGGUUCAAUACCGAGACCCUCCGCAUGCCGAGUGUCUGCCUUUAUUUUGACAUGCGGGCGCCGGAUUCCAGCCAGGAACUUCCGGUCCCGACUUGCCCCAACAUGUCCGCGCCGUGUCGGCGUCUGCAGCCGAGGCGGUGCAUUAAAAGAGGGGUCCGGCUGCGAGCCUCAGCAUGAGCGGACCGGGCCGGUGAUGGAGGGGGUCGAGCUGGAGGAGGCCUUGCGCAACUUUCCUCAGCUUCCGGUGUGGAUCAUCGAGCACGUCUGGGCGCGUCGCGUGAUGGACCUCCAGCACGGUCGGAGCUGGUUCGUCACCUCCUCUCCUCCGCGGCGGCUGCUUGACCCGCUCUCUCCCUCAGUGGUGGACUCGUCUCUCUGGCCGGAUGUGGACUCGCAGCCUCUGAGUCUGGAGGAGCCCUGGAGAGUGCGUGUGUCCUCCGCCAGGGCCUGCAGCGUCGUGAAGAGUCGAGACGUGCCGCGGUUCGAGAGCGUCAUCCGUUUCCUGGAGGCGACGCACAGACUGGUGCCAGGCCUGGUGAAGGCCAUCAAACACAUGAAGAUCGUCUUUGGCCUCAAGACCCUGAUCGUCAUGAGGAUGCUGAGAGACGGCUGCAGUUCCAUCGACACGUCUCUGAAGAUCCUCCACUUCUUCCCCACAGACCUUCCUGAGUACCGCGGCCAGUGUAGUCCGCGCGAGAUGUUCCUCAUGAGAAAGAACCAUCUGGACUUCCGGGUUCUGGCUCAGAUUCUCACCACGGACGGCGCUAAACGUCAGUACUACGUGGAGCACCACCUGGAUCAGCAGUACGGCGAGGCCUACACCCAGAAGGUGGAGGAGCGGCUGCUGCACUACCUGCUGCAGCUGGAGCCGGCCUUGCCCAGGGACACCCGCGUGGACCAGGUGAGGAGGAAGAGUCCGGAGAGCGACGAGGAGCGGCUGCUGCUGCGCGUGGUCAGCUCGGACGCCGUCACCAUAGCCACCACGCUGGAGCGGCUGCUGUGCUGCGACGCCGCUUCCUGUCGGCCCAGCUCAUCGUCCCGUCCUCCUGACGACAGAAGAGACUCGGAGCGGAGCAACGAUGCGCGCGUGUGCUGCUGCGAGCUGAAGGCCUCCUCCCCCUCCACCCCUUCCCCCUCCUCGCCUCAGUUCUGCUCCAGGCAUCGGCGCUGGGUCCAGAGCAUCCUGAGCGAGUGUCCGGCUGAGUCUUCUGAUCCGGGCCCCAUCUCUCCCCCACUCUUCCAGUCCUCCCCCUCCGGCUCCUCCUCACAGGAGCUCACACCUUCGGGCCUCCUGCCCCUCCCCCCUAACAGACGCGAACUCUUCCUCCAUGAUAAUUCUCUUCCACUGGGAAGUCCCAGUCCCAGGCCCCAGUCUCUCGCUCUUCCUGUUCCUGAUUGUGACCCGGCCUCCUCCGGCUCCUCCUGCAGACAAGAGCCAGUGGAGUCAGACCCUCCUUCCCUCCUGAAUCCACCUGGAUCACCACUGUCCUCCAUCGAUGUGACGAGGAAGGACUUGGAUUCUCUGGUGGCGCCGGAGCGUCUCGGUGGCUCUGAGCCUCCAGACUCCGCCUCCCACCGCUCGGACCAGGACAGACUGGUGGUGCGCUCCAGAAUGGACCGGCCGAGGUUGUCCAUACAGACCCAGCAGGUCCUGCUCUGCUCCAAACUGCUGCAGCCUCGGGUCAGCGUCUCCAGACUGGAGGUCCUGGACUGUUACAGGCCCGUGAGUCCUGGAGAAGCCAGCAGCCCUGAUGAGACGGACGACCAGGAGUCCUCUUUUGACGUGAACUCUCUCUUCACGGACUCGUCCAGUAGCGGCUCGGACUCCAAGGACUCGGACUACCAACCCUACAGCAAGAAGCUCCGGAACCUUUGAGCAGAGUUUGUGUGUGUGUGUGUGUGUGCACCAGAAGUGUUUGAGAAUUAAAGAGUUCCUCUCCACUGGUCAUAAUAUUUAGGCUGAUGAGUCUGUUACUCGUGUCCUGUCUGCAAAGAACCUGAUGAAUAUGAUGCUCAGACAACUUGUUUUGGGGUCGAGGUGGCAUUUUGUCUCCAUCUCAUCGUUCUCUCCUCCUGUCUCCCUCCCCUCCUGUCUCCAUCUCAUC